UGAUGGGUGCACUGCGCAUCCCUUCCUCUCCCUGCCCUCAGUUGCUUGUGCUUUUGCUGCGCAGACAAAUAUUCCAGGGAUUGUUGUCGGUUGGCCAACCCAUAGCUUCCUCUCCCCUGCCUGAAUGUUUUAAUUCGCCCAUCCUCUCUUCUGCGAAUGAAUCGCAGAAUAUCUUUCGAAGUAGUGUCAAGCUGUAAGGGGCGUCCAGCGGGCUGCAUAUACACACACACAACACUACUACACCGGUUAUCUGUUCAUCAGAGGCAGGCUCUCAUAGAGCUCCGAGUCGGAGAGUGAAUGAGGUUGAUGCUGUUCUGUUGUAACUGGAAGGACGAACGAAUGGGAGAGGAGGAAGCUGGCAGAAGCUUGCCCGUGUGUGCGGGAUGCAGACAACGGAUCUAUGAUGAACAGUAUCUCCAGGCACUCAACAAUGACUGGCACACAGUAUGCUUCAGAUGCUGUCAGUGCAGUGCCUCCCUGUCCCACUGGUACUAUCAGAAGGAGGGCCGGCUCUUCUGCAAGAAGGAUUACUGGGCUAAGUUCGGAGAGCUGUGCCAUGGAUGCAACGACCCCAUCACAACCGGCCUGAUCAUGGUCGCAGGGGAACAGAAGUACCACCCAGAAUGCUUCACCUGUCUGAACUGCAGAGCCUUCAUCGGAGAUGGAGACACCUACGCACUGGUGGAGAGGUCCAAACUAUACUGUGGCCACUGUUACUACCAAACCAUUGUGACGCCUGUGUCCCUGUCAGACUCACCAUGCUCCAGGAUCCCUCACACGGUGACCCUGGUGUCCAUCCCAGCCUCCACAGACGGGCGGAGAGGGAUCUCAGUCGCCAUCGACCAGCCUCUCAGCCCUCUCAGUCCCAACGGCUACGGCCCUGAACACACUGUCAGGGUGUCACAGGUGGACUCUGAGUUGAUCAGUCCAGAUGUGAAGAACUCCAUACAUGUCGGAGACCGGAUCCUGGAGAUCAACGGAACACCCAUCAGGAAUGUUCCUCUCGAUGAGAUUGACCUGCUCAUCCAGGAGACCAGUCGUCUGCUCCAGUUGACCAUAGAGCACGACCCCCACGACCAGGGGGGUUCAGAGGGGGAGACGGUGGACGGACCCCUGAUCACUCCUCUGUCUGGCGGUCCCAGCCCCAUCCUCCCCAUCACCCAACCCCCACACCCAGACAUCAAUAACCUACGCUCACGCAUGAUCACGCGGAGCUACAGUAUUGAUAAGUCUCCGUGCUCCAGUAACGCAGCGUCCCCUCUCUCUCAGAGGAAGGACAUUAACCGCUCCGAGUCACUGCGGGUCGUCUCCAACAGUCGCAUGCACCGGAUCUUCCGGCCCUCAGACCUCAUCCAUGGAGAGGUGCUGGGAAAAGGCUGCUUUGGACAGGCCAUCAAGGUGACCCACAGAGAGACAGGGGAGGUGAUGGUGAUGAAGGAGCUGAUUCGUUUCGAUGACGAGACACAGAGGUCAUUCCUAAAAGAAGUGAAGGUGAUGCGUUGUCUGGAGCACCCCAACGUGCUGAAGUUUAUAGGUGUCCUCUACAAAGACAAGAGACUCAACUUCAUCGCAGAGUACAUCAAAGGAGGAACCCUGAGGGAGAUCAUUAAGAAAAUGGAUACCAACUACCCUUGGAAUCAGAGAGUGAGCUUUGCUAAAGACAUCGCUGCAGGGAUGUCAUAUCUGCACUCCAUGAACAUAAUCCACCGUGACCUGAACUCAUACAACUGUCUUGUCAGAGAGAAUAACAGUGUGGUGGUGGCAGACUUUGGGCUGGCUCGGCUGAUGGUGGAAGACAAGAUCCAGGACAAGAGUCUCCUGCAGAAGAAGCCUGACCGCAGGAAGAGAUACACUGUAGUGGGCAACCCCUACUGGAUGGCCCCGGAGAUGAUCCACGGGAAAAGCUAUGAUGAAAAGGUGGACAUCUUUUCCUUCGGGAUCAUGCUUUGUGAGAUCAUCGGUAGGGUGAAUGCAGACCCAGACUACUUGCCCAGGGCCCAUGACUUUGGGCUGAAUGUGACAGGCUUCUUAGAGCACUUCUGUCCUCCAGACUGCCCCCCUGCCUUCUUCCCUAUGGCUGUCCUCUGCUGUGACCUGGAUGCUGAGAAACGCCCCGCCUUCACCAAGCUGGAGGAGUGGCUGGAGAACCUGAAGAUGCACCUGGAGAUCCGCCUGCCGGUGGUGUCCGAGCUCGACACACUACACAAAGCAUUCUGGGGAAACCACACCGCUCCCACCAUGGCUUGCACAGCCAUGCGGUCCGAAAACGGCCUGCCCCCGCACCCCGAGACUCCGGAGUAGAAGGGAUCCGGAACAGAGCGGAAUGCUGCUGGUCUCAGCCCAUGAGAGUGGGCAGAGAGAGGGGGUUAUGGUGGUCAUUGAGGAGGGUAGUAGAGCCUACGGUACCUCUGGCAAUGGAGUAGUUGUAUUGCACUGUCCAGGGAGGGGCGGGGCAGGAGCUCUGUACAUACCUCCUCAUGCCACAGCAGUCACAGUGGGCAUGUAGGCUGACAGUGGGCUGUCGAUGGGCUGUAUAGACUCAGGGGGAAACGAGGAUGGGAAAAGCCAGCCUUGCCUAAAGGCACUCACUCAUUCACCUCCAACCAAGAGAGACUCACUCAGACUACCAUUACCACUAUCAUAGCUUCAGUCUGAUGAUUGCUGUACCUUAGCUGAAUGUCAGGCUGGUAACUGCUAGCUAGCAGUGUCAGUCAAUCCCAGCUGUGAAAUCAUCCAUCUUAACACUCAUGUAGUCUUUAUCUUAUGGUGUUAAAGCAUAUUCAGACGUCUCUAAAACAGAAAAGAAGAAAGGAUGCUUCAGCCUCCUUGGUAGCGCUCCUUCCUCCAGAGUAUUUGUGCAACAACGUGUUUGAAAGUGUUCCUCUGUGUGACUUUGGUUUGAUUUUAUGAUAUCAAAACCGCUUUUUGAAAUGCUAAAGAAAGGGGCCUUUUAUGUGGAUAAAACAAAACACAUUAGUUGAGACGCGCGCACACACAGUCCGGAUGUAGAAUAUAAUCGAGCAAAAGCUUUUGAGCAUAAACAAAAAGCUUUUUAAACAUUGCAUGACUGUAAAUAGCCCAGUCUGUGUUCAGUAAGCCUUGUCUGUUGUCUCCUCCUCUCCCCCUCUACUGAUGACUUGUGUGUCCCAAAUGGCAUCCUAUUCCCUUUAUAGUGCACUGCUUAAGACCAGGUCCCAAAGGGUAUUACCAAAGUAGUGCAUUAUAGGGUGCCAUUUGGGACGUAUUCUUAAAGUGAUGUCCCUGGUAGUGUAGAACACAUGGUCUAUGAAUGACUGUGUUCCUUCUCUCACUGUGCAGCACUGACUUCACUUUGAGGUAGACUUCUUUCAUACCUUUUGUACAUUUUUCUAUUUCAUUUGAGUUUAUUACUCUCUUUCUCCUUAUUUCAUUCACGUGGAGGUGAAAUCUUGUGUAUUCAAACUCAACCCACCCAAUGUACAGUACCAGUCAAAAGUUUGGACACACCUACUCAUUCCAGGGUUUUUCUUUAUUUUUACUAUUUUCUAAAUUGUAGAAUACUAGUGAAGACAUCAAAACUAUGAAAUGACACAUAUGGAAUCAUGU